CCCACCGUGCCUGGACCCCAGCCUGGCUGCUGGGGAGAUGCAGUCCCCCAGGAUGGCAGGGAAGAAGCGAGGGCGGCCCCCGCUCCAGCCAGCGCCCAUCAAAAUGUCUGUUCACAACCUCUUCUCGGCCCCAGCCGGUGCUCUGCCAGCCAUGAAGAUCCCAAAGAAGAGAGGCAGAAAACCUGGGCACAAGCUGAAAUCUCGUGUCCUGAUGACUCCUUUAGCAAUCUCUCCACCAAGAAGCACGCCGGAGCCGGAUAUUAGUUCAAUCCCCCAGGAUGCAGCUACGGUACCCAACUCGGACACCCCACAGGCUCUCACAGUCUGCAUUUAUGUCAACAAACAAGCAAACCUGGGGCCAUACCUUGACAGAAAGAAGGUGCAGCAGCUGCCAGAGCACUUUGGCCCGGAGCGGCCGUCGGCAGCUCUGCAGCAAGCAGUGCAAGCCUGCAUCGACUGUGCAAUCCAGCAAAAGGUGGUCUUCUCCCUCAUCAGGCAGGGCUAUGGAGGCGAGAUGGUGUCAGUUUCAGCUUCUUUUGAGGGCAAGCAGCAUCUCCAGAACCUGCUGGUAGUGAACAGCAUCGGGUAUGUCCUGCGCUUCCUGAAGAAGCUGUGUCGCAGCCUCCUGUGCGACAAUCUCUUCAGCAACCAGCCUUUCCAGCCGUACAGCGCCGUGACGGACAGCCCGGAGGGCUAUGAGAACACACGGAUGGAGGCAGAGACAGUUGUACCUGAGGACUACCUGGCUGAUGCCCCGAACAGGAAGCAGUACAGUGUGGAUCCUGCCGACGCUGCCUUGGGUUCCAUGGGCUCCAUGUACACCGUGCGUCAGAGUCCUGCAGAUGGACACCCUGCCGGGGGCUCCUCUUCCUCCUGUAGCCAUCGUCCUGCCCAGAUGUCUGCAGGGGGGUCCUCAUCUACUGGUCUGCGGCAUCAGACCUCCAGCCCAACAGGGAAUGGGGCCUAUCUUGAAGGAAACAGAAGUGCCUCAAGUCCUUCACCUGAACGACAAGAUGCUGCUCGGCCAUCAAGCAAGAAUCCUUUGACCUGGACAGUGGAUGAUGUGGUUUGGUUUGUGAAGGAUGCAGAUCCUCAGGCUUUAGGCCCUCACGUGGAACUCUUCAGAAAACACGAAAUUGAUGGCAAUGCUUUGUUACUGCUGAAAAGCGAUAUGAUCAUGAAAUACCUGGGGCUGAAGUUGGGACCGGCACUGAAACUGUGUUACCACAUUGAUAAGCUCAAGCAAGCCAAGUUCUAAUAAUUUCUUGAACAACAGAAUCUGAGCUAAAUCUAGAUGGAAGACUAAAGGUAACAUAUUGCCUUACAGAAAUGCAUUCAUUUGCAGAUUGCUUUUCCUUCUUUUUUAUCAAAGACUUUGUCUUUUUUAACAUUUGUGCAUUGUCACCUUUUUUUAAUCCAAUGGGAUCUUUUGGGCUGCUUUGUGUUAAUAAUUUGCCAAAAAGUAUAUAAUUACAGUAAUUAUUUUGUAUCAUUAAUAUUAUUAUGAUUAUAGUAAGUCCUAUUUUUGUAACCAGAAGUGGAAAAUCAAAACCAAACACAGCUACAGCAUAUGUGUAGGACUGCUAGAAGACAAACCAAGAGUCCCUCACUUGCCACGGGUCUGCCUCUGAGGAGAAAUCACUGACUUGCAUUGCUUGGGCACCAGCUCCACUCUCCAUGCUCAGGGGCUGGAAAAGUGCAGCAUUUGGUCACUUUUUGUCUGCUUGAAACUGCCCCAUGUCUUGCACUAUCUGGAAAACUUGAAUUAUUCACUUAAAGAAAUAAACAAACAAAGAGAA